AUGGACGGGUCGGCAGGGUCCGCCGAGAUGGCCGGGGACAUGCCGGCGUCAGACACGAAAGCCGGUUUGUCGCAUGACAACUGCGUCGAGUACAUGGUAUUCGUCGUUCACGCGCGCGAGGAGACCGGCAAGCUCCUCCCCGCGCUAGAGAGCAUCCGCCGGCGAGGCAUGCAGCUGUGCGAGGAGUACACCAAGGACUACAUUUGGCAGAAGGAGGCCUUCGCGCUCGAGGUCAAGAGUGAGCGCGGAUUGCUGUUCCUGUACGGCAGCACCGAGUAUGGCGAUUGUGUCGAGGACGAAUGGCUUGUCGUCUUUUUGUUGCGUGAGCUCAGCAAGUUGUUUGCGGAGGCUUGGAUCCGCGUGUUCGACGGCGACGGCGAGUUUCUCUUCAUCGAGGCCGCCAGCGUCGUCCCAAAAUGGCUCAGUCCCGAGACCGAUGCCCAUCGGGCCUGGAUACAUAAGGGAGAGCUGCGGAUCAUCGCGCCCGGCUCGCAAGCCGGAGCCAAGGCCGGGUCCAUCAGUCUGCCCGAAGCUGUGGAAUAUCUCAGAAACAAGCCGGGGGAGCUCGUGCAUUCGUCGUUCGUCGAGGCGGAGGCCUUCUACAGGCUGGAGAAGUACCCACGCUGUCUCCAAGAAUCGAUGCACCACGCCCUGGUUACUAUUCCACGGAGGCUGGCCUACGUCUUGCAUGACCGCCCCCGAUCUGUGGCGCCUGCGGUGGAGGCCUUCUACCUGCGAGACCCCGUCGCUCUCAAACCCAUCCUCGCCGCAUCGCCGGCGUUGCACUUUCCGCCUGCCGACCUCGUUACAGUGAGCGUGCGCUUCACCAGGACGCUCUUUGCCCAGCUCAGGUCGCAGCGCUUCGACCCUCCUCCACCUCAAUGGCGGCCCUUGCUAGAGGCUGCCGAAAUGCAAAGCUCGGGGCACAGCGACGGCCCCCCCGCGAAGGAUCUGCUAGAGACAGGUAUGAAGCUGACCACCGGGUUUGAGAUGCUUCUCGCGACGGCCAAGACGAGUAACCAGCGGAUCGUGCGAGAGAUUGCCCUGGUCGUGGCCGACCUCGAUGAAGAUGGCGAAGACGCGGCGGCACUGCCAUCUGACGAGGUGAUCAGGUCCUGGAGGGAUGUGGGCCGCCACGACGACGACUCAUGGCUUGACAUUGAUUCUGCCGACUUUGAGCGGGAGCUAGAAGGAGCGUCUGGCCGGAAGCGAGACGGAUCCAGCAACAAAGGCUUUGGCGAUGCGGCAGCCCAGGCCGAUCUGCGCAAGAUUGUGGAACGUUUUGAGGGCUUCCUCAACGACGACAGGGCAGGUUUGGAUGGCGCCCUAGUGGACGAGAUGGACGAAGACGAUGAAGAAAGCGACGAAGACGACGACGACGAUGGAGAUGGCGGGGACAGUGGCGACGAGGACGUACACGUCAGCUUUGACGAAGCCGAGUUUGAGAAUAUGAUGCGGCAGAUGAUGGGCUUGCCGGGGACGGCAGGCUUGGCAACACCGUAUACUGAGCAGUCAAGGCGAGGCGUCGACGACGAAGCCAAGAGGGCGCCGGAGGAGGAUAAGGAGAUCCAGGAACUCGCCGCGUAUUUCGAGUCCGAGCUCCAUUCUCACGGGGCGCUGAGGCUGGAUCCGGCCGCUCCCAAGAGGCCUGCGCAGCUGGCAGACGGGCAGCAUAGCAAGCCCGAUACCGCACCCCACCCGGCGGCCGUGCCCUCGACUACCGAUGACGAAAGCGCCGAUGAAGAGGUGGACAUUGACUACAAUUUGGCCAAGAACCUACUCGAGAGCUUCAAGAGUCAGACUGGUAUGCCCGGUCCCGCUGGCAAUAUCUUGCGAAUGAUGGGCAUGUCACUGCCUCGGGAUGAGGACGAUGGCUAG